CUGUAUUCCUGUAUUCAGGCGUUGGAACGUGUGGAUGGGUUGCGCCAUUAGCUAUAUAUUUAUAGGAAGAAUGAAAAGAACACGACUUAAAUGUUGGAAACAAUUACUCUGUAUAUUUGUCAUCUUGUGGAUCUUCAAUUUUUUAAUCACAGUUGACGUACAUAUGUCACAUCCACUGAAACACUUACUACAAAUACAGAAGGCAGAGUUCAUAGUCAAUGAAACAAUAUUUAGAAAGGACAUUGUACAAAAUGUAACGUUGACUAAAGAAACAAGGAAAUUGGAGCCAGGAAAAAAAAUCCACACAAGUAAAAAAGGCGAUUAUUUUGAUACUUCCUUCUUUAAUAGUCGGCGAAAACAAGAUAUCAGGACUUUGUCAUUACCUUCCUCGCUGUCUGCAUUUCAACAAUAUUACAACAAGAAUGGCAAUAUAGACGAUAGUGUUAUUCUUUAUGGACACAAAAGGAAGACAGCAGGCUAUUUGACCCUGGCAAUACCCACAGUGAAAAGACCUUUUAACGACUACUACUACCUAAACUUUACAUUAAAAUCAUUGGUAUCAAAUAUCGACAACAAUAUAGCCAGUGAGGUGGUCAUUGUGAUAUUUAUGGCAGAUUUAGAUAUGGCAUGGAAUAAACGUACAGCACGGUUAUUAUAUAUAGACUUCAGAUCUCAUUUUGACAGUAGACUCAUCCACAUUAUAAGUGCUCCAUCAAAAAUUUACCCAGAUCUUUCAAUACUUAAUAAAACAGAGCAUGACCCUGUUAAACGGGUGAAAUGGAGAUCAAAACAGAAUAUUGAUUUUGCAUUUCUUAUGCUUUACAGCCAAGGUAUCAAUCGGUAUUUUAUUCAACUGGAAGAUGAUAUUCAAGUGGCACCAGGAUUCUUAACUGAUAUUAAAGGUUUUGUUCACAGACAAAUACAAAGUUGGAUAUGUUUAGGAUUUUCAAGACUUGGAUUCAUUGGCAAAAUGUUUCAUUCUAAACAUCUUUUUCCAAUUUCGUCUGUCUUGCUGUCGAAUUUCAGGUCGUUUCCAUGUGAUAUUCUUCUAGGAUAUAUUCGAAAAUAUAUGGGACAACCAUUACCGAUAAACUCACCAGUCAGUUUAUUUCAACACAUUGGAAGGGUUUCAUCACUAGAAAAUAAAAUGAUGCCAUCAGUUGACAGAAAAUUUAAAGGAUUUGGAUCUAAAGUUCCGCUUAUUAUGAUUUUACCGAAAGGAGAAAAACCUCCAGCGAGAUUUCAGACAGAUAUGAUGGUGGUACCAGGAUACCCACCGGAAAAUAUAUAUAUAAAUAAUUCAUAUUUUUGGGCGGAAGGAAUAAAUAAAACGCAAUAUUUUAGAAUAAUUUUGGAAAAACCAUUAAAUAUAUCAAGGCUUAUUAUAUCUACAGGGAAUAUAAUAGAUAAGACCGAUACAUUAGAAUAUGGAAUUUUAAAAGUUGGUGCUAAUGAAAAAGAUAGAUUUUAUUGUAGCGAUUUGAGAAAAGUCGGCUACUUUGCAGGUGGUGAUGUAGAUUCUUUAAUUCAAGGAAUAGUUCUUCCAUACAACAUAGAUUGUUUACACAUUGAGGUGAGGAGAGCACAAUUCAGCUGGCUUAUAAUCCGUGAUCUAGAAGUAUUUACAGAUAAAAAAUAUUAAAAAAGCGGGUAUUGUGUUUGCUUGCAAUCAGUGAUAGCAGAACAUUUUCACAUAACUCUAUUUGAAAUUAAUAUCCGUCUUUAUAAGAAAGGCAGAUUUUAAAUGUCCAUCAAGUUUACUCGUGGCCAUAUUUUGGCAAAUAAAUUGAAAUUGGAAAUCAAAAUGUAUUGCACAUUGAGUGAAAAAUAUUUCAGAUUCAUUCAUUAGACACACGGCAUCGGAUUUGACGUACCCAUUCGAAUCACAUGUAACUGCGUAUCUUUAUGUAACACGAAGCCAAACGGAUGUCCCUCUCAAACCGGUCUAAAAGGUAUCCAUAAUUAUAUUUAAACUGCAGUCAGUCGUUUGGGUAUUGGUAUGAAUCAUAUUCAACAUGUGAACUACAAUAAAGUAAACAGUUCUUUCAUACCACUACCCUCUGACCAUUUUAUUCAUAGAAAUCCAUGUUGAAAUAUAUUCCUAGAUACUGCUAUCUUAAUUAGAAUUUUAUUUAUCUGUAAUGUUGAAUACAUGUUGUAUUUCUUUCAUCAAUACACAAAAUCAUGAUUUUUACAUUGGACGUUAUGUGCAUUGGCAUGACCUGGGCAUCGGGAUGACUAUAUGGCAAAAUCCUAGUUUCUUUUUUCAUAGGAUUUGUUCCACGUGAUUUUGUCCCUU